AUGCCAUGCAUCGGAGUACCCUGCACGAAGUCACUAGUCAGAAGCAAUAAGCAUCACUUAACAGUAUCGUUUUUUCAAGCCACACAAAAGCUGCCUUCUGUGUUAUUAGCAGCCUACGCAGAAUUAGAUUGCGGGGGGCUUGAUCUGCUGCAAGGCGAGCUUCCACAGAGCAUUGCUAACGAGCUGGCGGCAACUGCCAAAGCCAUCGCAGCUCCUGGGAAGGGCAUACUUGCCGCUGACGAAUCCACUGGGACAAUUCAGAAGCGUUUCGAUAGCAUCAAACUUCAGAAUGACGAAGCUAACAGAGCUGCAUACAGAGAUCUGUUGUUCUCUACCGAGGGCCUCGGACAGUUUAUCUCAGGCUGUAUCCUGUUCGAAGAAACCUUGUUUCAAAAGAAUCAAGAUGGUGUCUUGAUGGUUGACCUGCUAAAAAAGCAAGGCAUAAUUCCUGGUAUCAAAGUGGAUAAAGGAUUAGAGACGAUUCCUCGAACUGACGAUGAGAAGGCAACUAUGGGCCUGGAUGGCCUGGCUGAACGCUGUCAGAAGUACUACGCAGCAGGCGCUCGCUUUGCCAAGUGGCGUGCGGUGCUUUCAAUUGAUCCCAGCCAGGGGAAGCCUUCCGACCGUUCGAUUGCAGAAGUGGCGUAUGGCCUAGCGCGGUAUGCGGCAAUUUGCCAGCAAAAUAGGCUUGUGCCAAUUGUCGAGCCGGAGAUUCUUACAGAUGGAACCCAUGACAUUGCCACAUGUGCACAAGUAACUGAGAAGGUACUAGCUGCAGUAUUCAAACAGCUGAGUGACCAAGGAGUUAUGCUGGAGGGCGCACUGCUCAAGCCAAACAUGGUGACACCUGGAUCUGAGUGUCCCACUAAGGCCAAGCCGGAAGAAAUCGCCUUCUAUACCAUUCGUUCCCUUGCGCGUACCGUACCCCCAGCUCUCCCUGGAAUCACGUUCCUUUCUGGAGGGCAGUCCGAGGAGGAGGCCUCUGCUAAUCUCAACGCAAUGAAUAAGAUGGGUCCCCACCCUUGGGCUCUUACCUUUUCUUACGGACGCGCUCUUCAAGCCUCCACACUGCAAGCCUGGUCAGGAAAUGCUGAAAAUAAAGCCAAGGCUCAGGCAGCGCUGCUUAAGAGGGCAAAGGCAAAUAGCGAAGCACAGUUGGGAACAUAUGCAGGAGGCGCUGGCGGGGGUGGAGCAGCUGUGUCCCUUUUUGAGAAGCAUUACGUGUACUAA